GCGUGACGGGCAAAAUCGGAGCCAAACGGGGCUCGUUCCCCGUGUUCCCGCCGCGGAGCUCCCCUGUGAGGCGUUCCGCAGUGUCCGUGGGGCUGGAAGGCGGCUGGAGCAGAGCGGUGCGGGCACGGACGGACGGGCUGGGCAGGGAAUGGGGCUGGAGCGGGGGCUCCGAGGUGCCGCGGGUGUGUGCCUGGUAGGAAGGAGCGUUCCAGGCAGGUCCCAGAGCGGGAGAGGCGGCUGUGAAGGACGUGUCUGAGUCAGCAGGAAGAUAAGAGAUAGCAAAGGAGGGAUAAAAGGUGUCACUUUCCCUGUGUGCGGUGUCUGCACGGGGGAAUCCACCCGGAACCCUGCUGGGCAGGGCUGUGGGGUGCUCCCCCUCUUCCACCUCUCGUGUCCUUCUCACUCUGAGACACUGAAAGCCUGAGCCCUGGGAGCACUGGAAUGCGAAGGGGAGGAAAGAUUAAACCAAACCACGUUAUCACAGGGGCCCUUAAACUGAGGCUUUAAGCAAAAGCCCUGAAAGAGGAUUUGGUGUAGCUGCUUAAAGCUAACUCGGAGCUGCCCCCUCCGCUGGGUAUGUUUCCCGCUGGGCUCUGGCUUUAGGAUGUUGGAGAACCGAGAGGAAGAGCUGACCACGGUGCGUGUCCAGGACCCCCGCGUGCAGAACGAAGGCUCCUGGAAUUCCUAUGUGGAUUAUAAGAUCUUCCUCCACACCAACAGCAAGGCCUUUACUGCCAAGACCUCAUGUGUGCGGCGCCGGUACCGUGAAUUCGUGUGGCUGAGGAGGCAGCUCCAGAAGAAUGCUGGCUUGGUGCCUGUCCCAGAGCUGCCCGGGAAAUCCAGCUUCUUCGUGGGCAGCACGGAUGAGUUCAUCGAGAAGAGGAGACAGGGGCUGCAGCAGUUCCUGGAGAAGGUGGUGCAGAACGUGGUGCUCCUCUCCGACAGCCGCCUGCACCUCUUCCUGCAGAGCCAGCUCUCAGUGCCGGAGAUAGAGGCGUGUGUGCAAGGCCAGGGCCCGCAGACGGUGACAGAAGCCAUCCUGCACUACGCCAUGUCCAACUGCGGCUGGGUGCAGGAGGAGGAGAGCCGCCCCGCGCUGCUGCCGGGGGGGGACCUGCAGGGCAGCUAUGCCGGCCUGGGAAGCCCACAAGGGCCGAGCUGCCUGGAGACCUUCCCGUACUGGAGCGACUUCGGCAUGGACGAGCCGCACUCAGACAGCCCCGAGGAGCCGGCGGAGCCGCUGGGAGCAGGGCGUGAGGAGCAGUAACGGGCGCUGGAGACCUGCCCCUGUCCUGCAGCCCUCGCUGGCAGAGGGACUGCAGCCGAGCCGCAGGGAUGGCCAGGAUGGAGGGACUUGUCCUGGGCUCUGCAGGGUCAGGGGCUCACGUGCUCUCUCCCUGAUGACUCUCGGCUGUCCUUGAUGUCCCCGGGCAGUGCGUUCCUAUCGCUCUUCUCUGUGGAGAAGAGAUGUAGUGGUUAGUGAAACCUGUGUUUGUUCUUCCCAUGGCCUUUGCUCUGGGGCUGGAGCAGCAGCAGAGCUCGGUUCGUGGCUCUUGGUGUGUCCCUGGCCUGGGGCAGGGCGGGAUACUCUGGCUCACACGAUGGAGGAAGGUUUAUUCCCUUGGUGGAGCAGGGGAGGGCUCUGCAGUUUAGGCCCUUGUGUUCCCCUCAGCACCACAGCAGGGGAAGCUGCAUGUCCCCAGCAAUAGCCACGCUGUGCAGCUCCUGGGGCUGGAGCCCACACAUGGGACGCAGAUCCCGUAUCCAUGCCCAUGGCUCACCCUGCAGGUUGCCUGGACUGGGAUGAGCAGAGCUGAGCAUCCCCCUGGGAGCAUGGGGCAGGAGAAUGAGGUUUUUCUCUCCUGCUUUUUUGAGGGGAUGCCGCUUCCGUACAGACUCCCUCCUUGCGCCCUGAUUGCCAUUCAGGCAGGCUGGAGCAUCCUCCCAGCCAGGAUUUGGUUUGCUGGGGAAGCAGGAGCAUGGAGCUGCCUCGGAGUCGGUGUCCAGCAGCGCUUGGGCUCUGGCUACUCUUGUUGCCUCUCCCCGUGCUCCCCUGCACCUUCUUCCUCCCACCCUCCGCACUGGUGAAGGCAGAGCCGACGUGCUCUGACUUGAAAUAAAGAUGAAGUGGAAGAGA